AACAAAUACAGCACUUUUUUUUUUUUCAUUUUUAUUUUUUUUUUGCGGAGUUGAUGAAAUCAUCUUACUACAAAGCAUGCACUUGUUAUUAUUUAGUAUUCUUUCACCUCUAUUUAUCCAUUUUAAAAUGAGUGGUACUUCAACUUGUGAAAUUGAUGAUGAAUUAGUACAAAAGAUUAAAAACUUUCGUCUUGCAAAAUAUGAAACAGGAAAUACAGCCUUUAUUUUAAAAAUUGACCGCCAAAGUUUAAAGAUUGUUGAAGAUGAAGUUUACGAGGAAAACAUUUCUCUAGAAGACUUGGUGGAAGAAUUACCCGAGAAUACACCUCGUUUCAUCAUCUUAAGUUAUGAGUUGAAACAUGAUGAUGGAAGAAAGAACUUUCCUUUACUCUUCAUUUAUUGGUCACCCUCAACUUGUAAAGCAGAAGUAAAUAUGCUGUAUGCAUCAGCAAAGACCUAUCUUCAAAAUAAAAUUGACGUUAACAGAGUAAGUAUUAAAUCAUCCUUACUAAACAAUAAUAACCAUUUAUGAUAGGGAUUUGACAUUUAUGAACCUGAAACUUUAACUGAUGAAUAUAUUUCAAAGCAACU